UUUUCAAACAACUGCUGAACGCUAAGCCAUGGAAAGUUCGGAGGACUUUCCACCCAGUGGCUUCAAGAGAUGUCUGGCGGAUCCAUACCAAGAUCACCUUGGCCCUUUCUACUAUCAUCCAGAGGAGCGCGUGAUGACCAUGAGAGUCAGUUCUCAGAUGUGCAAUGCCAUUGGCGUCCUGCACGGUGGCGCGCUGAUGUCGUUUUGCGAUGCCGCCCUGUUCAUCAUUGCCCGAGAACAUACCGUUGAAACGACAGGCCGAACCUACGUGACACUCAGUAUGAAUAUUGACUUCAUGGGUCGCUGCCGCGAGGGGGCUCUGGUCCUGGGAGGAGGGGAAGUGGUGAAGGUUUCCAGUGACAAGGACUUGAUCCUGGUCCAGGGCUGGGCCAAGGCGGGUGGCGCCUCUGGCCGGGUCUUGUGUGUCUUCCGCGGCAUGCUGAAGUUCGCGCCCAAGGCGUCGCCCUCGGAGCACAAGGCGAAAGCCCGACGUUCGAAGCUGUGAGUCGCCGCGCGACAUCCCAUGGAAGUUGUGGCGCGGCCGCGAAGCGCAGGAUCCGGUCACGGUGGAGGUGCAGUUCAGAGAUGGUGAGGCGGCGGCGCUUUCCGCGAAAAAGGGAGACUCUGGGGGAUGCUGGGAAAUCUCGAAUUUUUGGACCGUUUGUGAAUGGAGAGUAAUGAAGAUGUUUGUUUUCUUGCUAUGAGGAGAGCUUGAGGCUUUGAAGUGGAUG